AUGGGCGCCUGUGUGUCCUGGGGAGACCUGUCCUGCUCCUCACGGCGGAGCCCCAGCGCUCGCGGGCGGUCGGGGAAGUUGUCUGCAAAUUUCAUCCUGGAAAAAAAAAAAAAAAAAACAAACCCACAACAUGAUGUCAUUGGCUUUCUGGUGUAUCCCGCCGGCGCCCCUCCACCUGCCGCCGGGCGCUGCCUGGCCAUGAGCCUCAGCACGACCGCGAGCCCCGGCGCGAUGGUCAGCCCGGGCACAGCCGUGAGCCUGGACACCGUGCUCGGGGAUCAGGCUCCCGCCCUCCCCGCAGCCCCCCGGCUUUCCCAGGCUGCCGGUGCAGUGAAUGCCUCUUUCACCAGCAGUUCCCCACUUCCCCAAAAAGCAUCACCUUGCCAGCUCCCUUCCUCCCACCAGCUGCCAGGAAAAAAAAUUAGGGCAAGGACAGGGAGCGAGAGCAAAACCAAUGAACUUGUUUCCAGCUUUUCCUUCGGAUCAGCCGUCCAGCACCGGGAGAAAAACAUUUCUCCUGUAAAAAAACUCCCCUCUCCGUGCAGGCUCCGAUCCCGUCGUCACUGGGACACUGGCUGGAGACAUGGGCUCAGUUCGGCAGCAGAGACACUGUUUGCAACAGACCACAACUCAGACAACACGACGGCAAUGCUGCAGGAGUGGCUGGGGGCGGUGGGGAAGGACUAUCACUCGGUGGCCUGGAAGGUGCAAGAGGAGCCCAGCUCCUACCCUGAUGAGCUUGGUCCCAAGCACUGGAGUGACAAACGCUAUGAAAACGUGAUGAAGUUGAAGCAGGAAGCUCUCACCUAUGCCCGGGAGCAGCAGGCAGACUAUAUCCUGUUCAUGGACACUGACAGUGUCCUAACCAACAACCAGACCCUCAAGUUUCUCAUGGCACAGAACAAGUCAGUGGUGGCUCCCAUGCUGGACUCGCAGACCUUCUACUCCAACUUCUGGUGUGGCAUCACACCCCAGGGAUACUAUCGCCGGACCCCCGACUACUUCCCCACCAAGAACCGGCAGCGGGUGGGCUGCUUCCGUGUCCCCAUGGUCUAUGCCACCUUCCUGAUCGACCUGCGGAAGGAGGAGACCUUGCAGUUGGCUUUCUACCCGCCCCAUCCCAACUACACCUGGGCCUUCGAUGACAUCAUUGUCUUUGCCUACUCCUGCCAGGAGGCUGGCGCGGAGGUCCAUGUGUGCAACCAGCACCGCUUUGGUUACAUCAAUGUUCCUGUGAAGGCCCACCAGACGCUGGAGGACGAGCAUGCCAACUUUGUGCAUCUCACACUGGAGGCCAUGGUGGAUGGUCCCCCCAUGCAGCGCUCCAGGCACAUUUCUCUCCUUCCCAGGCCGCUCACAAAAAUGGGCUUUGAUGAAAUCUUCCUAAUCAACCUGGUGCGGAGGCCAGACCGGCGGCAGCGAAUGCUGGCAUCCCUGCAGGAGCUGGAGAUUGUUCCACGAGUGGUGGAUGCUGUGGAUGGCAGCACCCUCAACAGCAGUGACAUCAAGGUGCUGGGAGUGGACCUGCUACCUGGGUACUACGAUCCCUUCUCCGGCCGCACGCUCACCAAGGGCGAGGUUGGCUGCUUCCUCAGCCACUACAAUAUCUGGAAGGAGAUCGUGUCCCGGGGCUUGGAGCGGUCAGUGGUCUUCGAGGAUGAUGUGCGCUUCGAGGCUGCCUUCCCAGCACGGCUGCAGCGGCUGAUGGAGGAGCUGGAGCAGGCACAGCAGGACUGGGACCUCAUCUACCUGGGGAGGAAACAGGUGAACGACGAGGAUGAGGCACCUGUGAAAGGCGUGCGGAACCUGGUGGUGGCCGGGUACUCGUACUGGACACUGGCCUAUGCCAUCUCCCACCAUGGGGCACAGAAGCUGCUGGCCACCAAACCCCUCUCCAAAAUGCUGCCGGUGGAUGAGUAUCUGCCCAUCAUGUGUGACAAACACCCCAACGAGGAUUACAAGCGGCACUUCUCCCCACGGGACUUGCUGGUGUUUUCGGCUCACCCCCUCCUGGUUUAUCCCACUCACUAUGCUGGGGACAGCAACUGGCUGAGUGACACUGAGACUUCCACCAUCUGGGAUGAUGAUUCCAAGAAGACUGACUGGGCUGGCUCGCAGAAGACUCUGAGGGGCUCACGGGGAAGUACUAGCUACCUCCGCUCCACAACCCGUGACGAGCUCUGAUGGGAUCGGGAGUGUGAUCCAGCUGGGAGCACCGUGGGCAAGGACCUUAUACAGCCCACUCUCACUCAGGAAAUCCAGCUGCCCUGGACAGAGGCCCACAGGGUUCUUUGAAUCUGCAUGCGAUGAAUCCACCCAAGAAGGAUUUGCCCCAGGAAAGCCUUUCCCUGCCAAGGGGAGAGACCAGAGGAGCACUGUGCUCCAUCUCUGCUGAGGACACAUCUCCAGGACAGGCCCAAACAAUGCCAACUCUGUCGUCUCCCACCAACCUGGACUUCGAGGAGUGGACUUUGGGCUGGCACCUGCGGUGGCCUCCUGCCGCUGACCAGGCUUGUCCCCCAUGCUGUGCCUGGGUGGAAGCCCAGGGAGGAUUAAAGCAGACUGUUUGAGCUGAA